CCGUCACUGGCGGCCGAGGCUGGAACGGCCGGGGGUAGCCCUCACCCACCCGGUCGGCACCAUCCUCGAUUAUGCCGAGAAGCACGGCCUCAUCGAGCAGGCUCCUCGGCCGGCCGAGGAGAUCCUGGCCAUCCAGCAGGGCGGCACGUACUGCCGGUUCCACAAGAACUCGUCGCACAACACCGACGAUUGCAUCACAUUGAAGAAGGCCAUCGAGCGCCUUAUUCGCCAGGGGGAACUCUCCCAGUUUGUCAAAGGUGGCCCACGAAAAAACACUUGGGUAAACACCGGCAAACGUGGGGGCGAACCCUCUGCGAAGAAGCGCGAGAUUGGUAGGUUCAGCGACGACGAGGACUUCGAGGAGCCUCCGCCGAAGAAGAAUCACAUCCACCUCAUCGUAGGCGGGAACACUGGGGGGGACUCCACCACUCAGAGGAAGAAAUGGGCCCAAUCCCUUUACAUUGGAGAGGUGUCCCACGUUCCCCCCCAGCCGAAGAAGCAGCGAACGGAGGCGAUCACCUUCACCGACAAGGAUCUGCCUCCGGGUACGGAAUCACACAGGGACGCCCUCGUCAUCCGAUGUGAGAUCGGUGACUCCAUCAUCCACCGCACUUACAUCGAUACGGGGAGCUCCGUCAACGUGAUGUACCUAGACACCUUCAAGCAGCUGAAGCUGGACAGAGCUCUGCUGAAGCCGAUCAAGACCCCGUUAUCCGGCUUCACCGGGGACUCUAUCGACGCCGAGGGCACGAUAGUCCUCCCCGUGGAAGUCGGUGACGGCCCCCGCCAUGCCCAAAUUGACAUGGAGUUCAUGGUGGUCAACCUCCAGUGCGCCCACAACCUGAUCUUGGGCCGGCCAGCGCUGGAGGACUUGGAGGCCAUCAUCUCCAUGAAGCACCUAUGCUUGAAGUUCCCCACCAAUGACGGCAUCGGCUACGCCAGAGGAAAUCAGAGGAUAGCCAGGGCUUGCUACCUCAAGCUGACGAGGCCGGCCGAAAGGGAAGGACAGCGGAUAGACACCAUCACGGCCGCCGUCGCCAUGGACGAGGAGAGGCCACGUGCGGAGCCGGCCGAGGAGGUCGAGGAAAUCCCUCUGGAUACCUCCCGGCCGGAGCGGGUUCUCAGGGUCGGAAAACAACUCCCCCAGGACCAACGAGACGCCAUCCUCCUCGUCCUACGGUCAUACGCCGUUGUCUUCGCGUGGGGCCCGGACGAUAUGCCCGGCAUCAGCCGCCAGGUGAUCACUCACCGGCUGACCGUCGAUCCGGCCUCCGCGCCCGUCAAACAGAAGCGGCGCUACUUGUCCGCUGACAGGCGGGACUUCGUCAAAGGGGAGGUCGCCAUGCUCCUAUCGAUCAAACAUAUCAAAGAGGUGAAGUACCCAACAUGGUUGGCCAACGUCGUCCUCGCACAGAAACCGCCGACGUUCAGAAUGUGUGUUGACUACACUGACCUGAACAGGGCGUGCCCCAUGGACCCGUUCCCUCUCCCCAACAUUGAUCAGUUGGUGGACGAGACGGCGGGGUGCGAGUUGAUGUCGUUCCUCGACGCUUUCAGAGGGUACCACCAGAUCUCCAUGCACGAAGAUGACGCCGAGAAGACGGCAUUCAUGACCCCAGAGGGAAUAUUUUGCUACCUCGUCAUGGCCUUCGGACUCAAAAAAUCCGGCGCCACCUAUACUAGGAUGGUGGCCAAAAUCUUCAGAACGGUCCUUGGCCGGACGAUGGAGGCGUACGUCGACGACAUGAUCGUCAAGAGCAGGCAGGCCACCUCCCACGCCGACGACCUCCGGGAAAUCUUUGAAAUCAUGAAGGAGUUCAGGCUCCGCCUUAACCCCAAGAAGUGCGCCUUCGGCGUCCAGGGCGGCAAGUUCCUUGGCUACAUGGUCAGCCGAAGAGGCAUCGAGAUAAACCCGGAGAAGACGCAGGCUAUCAUCAACAUGGAGCCGCCCCGCAACGUCAAGGAGGUACAGCGACUGACGGGGCGCCAGGCGGCCUUAAACCGGUUCCUCUCCAAGUCAGCUGAGAGGGCGCUCCCCUUCUUCCAGAUCAUGCGCAAGGCAACCAGCUUCAAGUGUACGACGGAGUGCCAGGAAGCAUUCAACGAAUUGAAAAGGUACCUGUCGUCCCCACCCGUACUCUCCAAGCCCAAAGCCGGCGAAACCCUCUUCCUGUACUUAGGGGUGAGCACGUCGGCCAUCAGCUCCGUGCUCAUCCGUGAGGACGAAGGGGUGCAGAAGGCCAUCUUCUACAUCAGCAAGACACUUAGGGAGGCCGAGCUCAGGUACUCCCCCAUUGAGAAGACGGUGCUGGCCAUCGUCCACACCGUGAAGAAGCUGGGGCACUAUUUCCAAGCCCACACCGUCCAUCUGCUGACCCAGCAGCCUCUCGGCGCGCUCAUGAGGAGCCCCACUAGCUCCUCGAGGAUGGUGAAAUGGGCGAUCUUCCUCAGCCAGUUUCAAAUCGAGAUCAAGCCAAGGCCAUCUAUCAAAGGGCAAGCCUUGGCCGACUUCGUCAUCGAAUGCACAGCAAGGGAGACGGCCGUCGCCAACCCCGGGCCGGAGCCGGACGACACGUGGACCCUGUUCACUGACGGCUCGUCGGCCGCGAAAUCAUGCGGCGGCGGCGUCGUCCUCAUAUCCCCUGAAGGAUUCAGAGCCUACUAUGCCAUCCGCUUCAACUUCAGGGUAUCCAACAACGAAGCUGAGUAUGAGGCCCUCCUCAGCGGUCUCAGACUCGCCGCCGGCCUCAAGGCCAAGCACCUCAGAAUCAAGUGCGGCUCCAAACUGGUAGUGGGCCAGGUGGAGGGAUCGUACGAAGCAAAGGAAGGCCGGAUGAAGCAGUACAAACAAGCGGCGGAGGAAUUGCUGAAAGCGUUUGAAACCCACGAGAUCACUCAGAUCCCAAGGGCCGAGAACGUCGAAGCCGACAUCCUCUCCAAGCUCAGCUCGGACACCCCGGAGCACAUCUCCCAGUUGGCCAAGAUCGAGGAAUUGAGCAUGUCCAGCAUCCAUGCCAGCCCCGUCUUGUGCGUCCAACAGCGACCAGAGGACUGGAUCUCCGACAUCGCCACCUUCAUCACAACGGGGGAGUUGCCCCCGGACGAGGAGAGGGCCAAACUCGCCAAACUCAGGGCCCCAAGUUACACCGUAGAAGAUGGCAAACUCUACAAACGGUCCUACAAUGGCACUCUCCUCCGAUGCCUGCACCAGGACGAGGCCGACACCGCCAUGGAAGAAGUUCACUGUGGCGUCUGCUCCUCGCACCAGGGUCCUUUCAGCAUGUCCCGGCGUCUCGUCGUCCAGGGCUUCUUCUGGCCAACGAUGGCACGGGACUGCGCUGACCUGGCCAGGAAGUGCACCACAUGCCAGGUACUCCAGAAGGCCCCUGGUCGGCCAGCUGUCAACUAUGCCCCUGUCAGCACCGCAAUUCCAUUCUCCAGAUGGGGGAUUGACCUGGUCGCCCCCCUGCCUAGAGCCGCCGGGAAUAACCGCUACAUCAUCGUCGCCGUCGACUACUUCACCAAGUGGAUCGAGGCGGAACCUUUGGCCAGCAUCACGGGGGCCAGAUGCCAAAGAUUUGUUUACAAGAGCAUCAUUACACGCUUUGGCGUCCCCCAAGAGAUUAUAUCAGACAACGGCACCCAAUUCGAGGCAGCCCCUUUCCAGGAGCUCCUCCGGGAGUUUGGGGUGAGGCACCGUUUCUCCUCCGUUGCCUAUCCUCAGGGCAACGGGCAUGUCGAGAACGCCGACAGAACAAUCAUGGAGGGGCUGAAGAAGAAACUCCAGGCCGCAGGAGGUAGUUGGGUCGACGAGCUCCCCAACAUCCUGUGGUGCUACAGAACCACGCCGAGGAGGGCGACGGGUGAAACGCCUUUCGCCCUGUGCUACGGCUUUGAAGCAAAGGCGCCUACGGAAGUUGCCAUCCCCAGCUGACGGGUGGAACAAUACGAGCCCGACGCCAACGAGGAAAGCAUGAAGAUUGACCUGCACCUGGUCGAUGAGAGACGUGAGCAAGCUUACGUCCGAGCAGAGAACUACCGGCGUCAAGUAAAAUCAUACUACGACGCCAAGGUACGUUCCCGGGAAUUUCAGGUGGGGGACUACGUCCUCCGCCGAAGGGAAGCAAGCCAGCCGACAGAGGGUGGCAAACUAGCAUUGAAGUACGAAGGGCCCUACAUCGUCAGUGCCGUGGUCAAACCCGACACCUACAAACUUAAACGACCAAAUGGGUCCAACGUACCACGAACAUGGAAUGUACAUCAUCUGGUGAAGUUUUAUCAGUAAUCCGGAGGAGGUGUAGACGGCGAAGCCCUCACCCCUUAACGGGUUACUGAUUGAACGCCACCCUCGGCCUCGAGCCACUUAUGAAUAAAAUCAUGUUCUGAUUUUUUCUCUGGAAUUUAAAGAAAAACAUUAGCAGGUGCCCUCGUCGGCCACCUUAGAGCGAAAGGCUCAGGUCUGGCCGACAUGGCCCCUUGCAUUUGCAGCCUACGAGCGACAAGCUCAGGCACUCCAUUGUAUUUUGUAUCAGCGAAGGGCUCAGGCCUAGCUGAGAGAGCACAUCGUCCUGGCCCCGUAAGCCUAGAAGUGAAACACUCAGGUAUGGCCGACGAUGUCCCCAGGACGAGGGGCCCGCAAACGGCCCACGUCUUGAAACGGGAAGCUCACCGCGUCGUCCACGCGCCAGAUCGCAGGACGACAGGCCUGAAAUCAUGGCCGAGGUGACAAAAUCCCAAAACUCAGGGUUGGGCAACGACAGCCGUUGGAAACCGACCAAAAGUCUAGCCCGCGUCAUAAAUAGGCGACAGGACCCGCCCUGAGAUCACGGACGUUAUAAACGAAGUCCGAACCGGCCGAAGGACGAGCACACCCUUCGGCCGAAGCCUGAAAGAAGGAUACCCCCGAAACAAAAAAAAAAGACAUACAAGGGAAAAAGAGGGAAGCCGACGGCCGCGCAUACUAGCCGGCCUCGAGCAAUGAAACAAUAAAAUCCCCACAACUCAGGCCCAACUAGGCCAAGUACAUAUCAGUUGAACACACGUUUAGUACCACUGACAGGCAGCAUGGACGACACGUCCACACACCACGAGGGAACAAUCAAGGCCGAUACACACGCCUAUAAAACCCUAACCACAUCGGUUGGGUGACACGCGAGAGGUGACCUUCAUCGGCCAUAGUCCUUUGAGGCACCAACGCUUGGUAUGAAACCAAACAUCGCAAUCCUGAGGAUGACCAGGACGAAGCGGGCACUCAUCACACCCGCGAAAGGAACAAGCAAUCAAGAAACAACCUCUACUUGCCACAGCACCUCGGAUGGCCGACGCAGGCACUGGAACCAUAGCUAGCCGACGAAGACAGGACCAUCUCCUUGGACAAGCUAUUCCUUAUCCAGCACCCUCAUCGGCCACAAGCCAGACCUUGGCCGGCAGUGGCACCGCGAAGAAGUAAAUUCCUAACAUUUAUACUUAGGAAAUUAUCUAAGUACUCAAAUGAAGGAAUUCUAGCCGAAGCGGGUACCAGUAUAUUACAAAGCCGUUAGCUACCUACACCUCCACAUGUGUACUUGUGAAAAAUUCAAAGUCCACGAGACUAUGGUGAAGGUGCCCUUAUCGGCCAGAACACAGGGAUACAAGCCGACAACGGCCAUGGCCAAAACACCUGGGAUGAAUCCAAGGCCAGGACGAUAAGGACGCCAACGCUUGGACGGAACGGACAUUACGGUCAAGGCUAAAAAGGGAAGCACCUAAAAGGAAUCCAAAACACUUAGGAAAUUUUUUGAAAAAAUCCUAAGUGUUAUGAUGGCAAAGGAACACCGGUCAAGCCGACAAGGCCACCAGGCCGAAAGGAAAGCACCUAAGUGGAUCCCAGAACACUUAGAAAUUUUUUUGAAGAAAUUCCUAAGUAUAAUGAAACUACGUCCAAGCCGAUCAAGCCACUAGGCCGUAAAGACAGCAGUUACAUGGACCCAAAAACACUUGGGAAAUUUUUGAUACAAAAUCCUAAGUGUUAUGACAAAGCAAAGAGGACGACCAGACUAUUGGACAGGAAGGCCCACCUUACGGACGUAGCGGACACUCGCGGGUGACCCAAGUUAUGACUCAACACUGACAAUUUACAGAAUUGAAAUGAUAAAGGCAAACAAGCAUACAAUGGAUUCAAAGCCGAGAAGGAUGGCAAAAAUUCUUUCAUUAAUCAAUUCAUUACAAUGGGGGCGCUUCGGCCGUUACAUAAUUUGGCAAUAAAUGAAAAGCUAAUUACAGUAGGGAUAGCCGAUCAAGCCUUCGGUGCACCUUCAUCCGCGGCGGGCUCUUCAACCUCGUCGGCUCCCUCCUCGUCGGCCUCAUCGGCCUCAGCUUCUUGGCCGGCAGCGGCGCUGGUGGCAUCGUCUAAGAAAUCAAAUUCAGUGUAGUCCGGCUCGCCGAGAACGGAGCUUUCUAUGGGGGACUCUCGCUCCGAUAGCGGAAGCUUGGCCUGCUCUUCUGGAUCCUUCAUCAGCUUCGGCAGCUUCAGGUUCCGUCUAGCCCACCCAGAUAAUUCAUGGCCUUCAACGCCCGGGAUAGCCGCCGACACAGGAGCCUUUGCAUCCGCUCCUGGCCCAGGUUGUAAUAAACGGACAUCUCCCGGCUGAAAUAUUCCCGGCCGGCAGGGGAGUUCAUCCCCCAAUUCUCCAGCCUGGCGGCCACCACUUCGUAGCACCAGGGGAGCCUCUCAUCGGCCUUCCACCCCUCGGCCAGGAACUUCUCGACGGCCUCAUCGGCAGCCUUCACGACGGCGGCCUCGGCCUCAGCCUUCGCUUUGGCGGCCUCCUCGUUCCUGCGCCUCUCGGCCUCGAGCGCCCUUCGGGACUCCUCGAGCUCCCUUUUGCUCUCCUCGAGCUUGACCAGGGCAUCGUCCCUGGCCGCGGCGGCUUCAUCAGCUUUGGCCUGCAGCGCCUUGGCAUCCUCCCGGAGCCGGUCAAGGCAAGCUACCGCCUCGUCGGCCGAGGCAGCCUUCUGCUCCAGCGCCUGCAGACGAGCAAUCUCCGAGUACUGCCUCUUAUGGCUUUCCAUAAGCAUGAAGGCACUCUGCAGAAGGAAAACAAAAGUCAGGCAAAAAACUCUACACAGACGAAGAGAGACAAAAAUAUAAGGACAGUCACUUACUUGGACGAGGAGGUCCAUGCCGCCCUCAUAAAUCUUCGGGUCCUCAAGCUUCUUCAAGUGAGCCCGAUCUUUGGCCGGCAUGGCCUUGGCCAGGACGACGUGGCCGGGGACGAGAUCAUUAAACACGCCCCCGCCGACGGGGUACUCUAUCACCUUCUGAUAGGUGGCACCAGCAAUCUCCUUGCCGGCCCUCUGCGUCCGUGGUUCCUGGACGAGAGGAAGCGCUGGGGCGGCAUCGUCAACAACAGUAAGGUCCACGACGGGACCACCAUCGCCCACGCUGGGGACAGUAAGAGUACCGGCCUCACUAGCCGGAGAAGGGGAAGGAUCCCUCUUCGUCUUCUUAGAGACGUUCACGCCGGCCUCAGUCAGCUUUUUCUGGCCGUCACUGGCCGGUCUCUUUUUCUUUGAUGGGGCAGGCUUUGGGGCCGCAUCAGCAGUAGCCCCGCUCCCACCAGCAGCGGCACGUCGGGCCGCCUCGGCCGCCUUAGCAGCAAUCUCCUCGGCCGCUUUGGCCUUGGCAAUAGCCAUCAUGGAUCGACGGUCCAUGACAAAAUCUACAAAGGAAAAACACAAACAAAUUAGUAAGGCAAAGGACAAAACAUAAAGACAGAAAGCCGAAGAAAGAAUUACCAUCGGCCUCAGCAGGAAUGCCCAAGUCCGGGCCGUCGGCCUCCUCAAAGGUGGUGGUCAUCCUCGACCAGAGUUGGAGGUCAUCCUCUUUGUCACCAUAGACAUAGUACCUCACGAAGCCGAGGGCGGCCAUCUUGUACUCAGUGAUGUAAUCCUUCACGCUCCUCGGCCCCCCCUCCAAGAAAGCCUCCACCUGAGCGUCCAAAAUAGAGCUCUUCGGCGGGUCGUGCAGGUUAAACCUCCCGGUGUGGCCGAGGGAGGGAAACUCGGUGCCACUCUCACCAAUGGACACAAACACGAACUUGCUCUUCCACCCAUGAAUGGACGUAGGCAAAUCCGUGAAGCUCCUCUUCUUCGGCAGCUGCUGAAGAGUAGCGUAGGCCGCACAGUUCUUGUGACUUCCUCGGCCUAUCUGGUACAAAUUCAUGAAUAGUGCCGUCGUCGGCUGGUAGCCCAACUCCUCACACGGAGCAGAAACCCCACCAUCAAAGAGUAACUGUUCGGCGUCAGCAAGGCCGGAGGAAGCCCUACCAUGUCCAGGUACUCAGUAAUGAAAGGGUGAAGGGGGAACCUCAACCCCUUGGCAAAACUCAUCGGGUAUACUCCAAAGUACCCCGGUGGUGGAAGAAGAACAUGGUCCGUCGGCUUGGGUGCCCUGACCCGCCCGAACGGCCCCACGUACAUCUGGGCAACAAGGUAAUCGGCCGCACUGCUCUCCGGCUUGAUCAGGUAGAUGUUGGUGAGAUCUAGAUAGGAGACGCCGGGCCCACUCUUCGGCCUCCUCACUCUCUUCGGCUUGGCGGCUCCCUUAACGGCGGACACCGGCCUUGGGCACGGAAUGACAGCAGAAGUGGACGCCCCGUCCACCACUCGGGACGCACCCACGUCCUCACCCUUUGAAGAAGAGGCGGACCCCUCGUCCUCGCCUUCCUCGUCCAUCAGCUCCGCGGAUUUGUAUGGACUUAAACGCUCUAUCUCCUCCUCAAACUCCUCGAGCACCUCGUAGUCAAGCGACCUCGUGGAGGGCUGGUCGUCAUAGGGGUAGUAGUCGUCGUUCAAGCUCUUCAUUACUACUACUACGGGCUCAAGGAGAACAACUUAAGAUCUAAAGGUGUUUAAACGCCUAACACUAGAUCAACUACCUAGGAAGCAAAGUAUGAAAAGCGAGGAAGAUCGUGAUGAACACUAACCUCGAACAACGAAGAACAACGAAGAACAGGCUUGGGAGUUUAUCUCUCUAGAAAAUCGGCCAGCACUUCGACAAAUUCAGAAUGCAAAUGUGAUUCCUCGUCGGAGGGGAAGAGGUAUUUAUAGACCCCCCCACCAACGGUCACUACACGUGGCACUCUCCCAAUGGCCACAUCAACGGCCACCAAUGGGACGCCACCACGACACCAACGGGCCAGGCCCAAGCCACAUCAACGGCCCACUGGCAAACCAGACUAUACGGCCUACGCGCUCGCCGGCCUCACAAGUACCAGCUAGCGCCCAUAACGUCCCAUCUGCUUGCCAAUAUCACAAAUGCCAGACAAUAAGGAGACGACAACGGCCAGGAACGUAACGGGCACAAGAUCAAAGGACCCAAGGGCCCAAAAGCCAUCGGCUCCUCGUAAAUAACCCUUGAUGAUAACCCUCUACAAGCGAUCUGCGCACAAGGGUUCUCCCACAGGGUUACCUUGGCCAGAAAAUCGCCAUGAGGGUUGGAUUCAGGGGGACUACGGCGAGACCGCUUCGGCCGGGGACUCAAGGAACUCCUUCACCCCUCACACUCUUCGGCCUGAAGCAGUGGGGGACUGGGGGACUACACCGGCCUCAACAAAACAAAAGAAAAUGCAAACAAGGUAACCACAGAGCAUGGCCACAUCGGCCACGCAUCACACUGCACCUCGUCGGUAUGCACGCAACGUCAUCUGCAACGGCCAACGGGUCACCAAAGGCAAGGACACUCAUCGUCCUCCGCCAACAAUUGACUUUGACGGGCUCUUCGGCCAAAAAUACGAAGGCCAAUCAGCAACGGCCAAAAGGAGUGCGCAAGCACCCUCAUCGGCCACCCAAAGGAAAGGACGCCAUCGUCCUCAAAGCAAGGAACGACCUCACCGGCCCAAACAUAAACUUCAACCACCAACGUCCAGGAAAGGGAAAGCGCGCCUUCAACGGCCGACAUCGGAACAAGACACUCAUCGUCCUCAAAGGAAUACGUCAAGGAAAUGACGGCCUCCCCGCCCACAGCGAGGAGCAGGUAACGGCCAAAACCCAUAACAGGAUCACCGAAAUGGAAACAGCGCCAGUACCGCAACGGCUAACGGCCUGAAAAUGCCCGCGUCGGCCAAAAGCACAAAGCACAGAAAUCUACUCUCCUUCACUUCGCCUACGUCUCAGCUUAGAGAGUGGGGGACUCCUGAUGGAGUAUAUGGGUCUGAGCCCCAGGACCCACAUACUCGGAAGAACAGAAAGCACAAGACAACAAGAGUGGCGCCCUCGUCGGCCAAGACGCCCCCGUCGGCCGAGAAGAAGCCAACUCGGAUUGUGGUCCUGAGUCCAAGGAACCCGGGUGCCCUCGUCGGCCGUGCCCUCGUCGGCCGUGCCCUCGUCGGCCGUGCCCUCGUCGGCCGCGCCCUCGUCGGCCAAGAAGACCUCCCAGAAUCGGAUUCUAUACUUGCUCAUUUGUACAGCCCAUUAGAGGCUUUGUAUUCGGCCCAGUAGCGGUCCAGUUGUAAAUGGGCCUCCCAAGCCCAAGGCUUGGGAGCCCAACCCUAAUUUUCUCUAUAAAUACUCCCCUUGGGAGUAGUUAUAGGGGUGACGAAUUCAUUCUAUUGAAGCAUAUUAUUGCACUUCUCUCUCUAGCUCUCACUUCUCUCUAGAUAUACUCUAUCAAGUAAAUAAGUAAAAGUUAGUACCUGUUUCCAGCCUUUCUACCUCCUCAAUAUUUUCUUCAACUGACACAGGCUGGUUUGACAUCCUUAACCAAUCUUGAGCACAUAUGAGGCUUUUCGGUUCGGGUUUUCGAGUUCAGGUCAACCGACCUAAUCGGCUAUAAGAGAGCAGACCCGAUCGGGUUUUCGGGUGGGUUCGGGUUAUGCUCACCCCUAGGUACGAGGGAGAGGGCUCUCAAAAAGCAACUUGAAAAGUUUUAGAGAAAAGGGUCAAAUAAGGCCUUCUACUAUUAUGAAAUAGUCACAUAAGGUCAUGUACUCAAUAAAGUAUCAUAUAAGUACAUCUACUUGUAUAAAACAAUCAAAUGAGUCAUAACGGCUUAUUUAACAUCUCAUAAUCCCGGUUUUAGCUUACAUGUCGAUUUUUUGACUUGUAUUUCAACCAAUCUUAGUUAAAUAUUCGAUGUAUGCCGUAUAAUGUAUUCUAAAAAGAUGGUCAGAAGUACGUUGAAACCGGUAUUAAGAGGUGUUAAAUCGGUCAUUAGGACUCAUUUGAUCAUUUUCUACAAGUAGAUGUACUUAUAUGACACUUUAUUGAGUACAUGACCUUAUGUGACUAUUUCAGAAUAGUAGAAGGUCUUAUUUGACCCUUUUCUCAAAGUUUUAUGAUAAAAUAAUGUAAGCCUCAACUUAGUUGUCUAUAAUGGAUGUUGUGCCUCUUCUAGGUGUGCUUAGGGGUGGUUCGGUACGGUAUACCGAAUAUUUUCUCUCAUACCUUUGCCGUACCGAAACUUUCGGUAUAUGAAAUUUCUAUACCUUUACCUUACCGAAGUUUCGGUAUACCGCAUUUCGGUAUACCGAAGUUUCGGUUCGGUAAUGGUACGGUAUCGGUAAAUUACCAUGCAUGUCUCCCAAUACAACAAAUUAUCAUAGACUAACGAAAUUUACUAAAUCGGUGUUACUAGCGACAUAUUUAAUCCAUUAUUAAAAUGCUACACAAUACAAUUAAUAAUCAAUUGAUAUCAUAUUCAAUCUUGACCAAUAAUUAUUAUUAGUAUAUUUAAGCAGUUCAACAUGUCACAUAGUAAAAAAUAAUGCAUUCUCCUAAAAUAACUUGAACAAUAUAAACAUACUUGUUGGGAUAUUGACCUAGAGGCCCAAUACCCAGAUCGGGAAGGCCCAAGGCAUCCGGCCCAAGUAACAGGCCCAUCACUCCAUGAUGAAAAGGUCCAGUAAGGAGACAUACCGAACGGGGUUCGGCCCAAAUAAAGGUUGGCCCAAUAAGAAAACAUACCGAAUGAGGUUCGGGCUAUAUAUCAUACUUGGGCCAAUUUGACAGCAUCUUCAGUACGGACCAACAUCCCGUUCGAACAACGGCCAACCAGCAAGUGGCCAGGUGCAGUUAAUGCCAGACUAUGACAUCAGCAAGUGGAAGCAUGGAUGACCAAGUCGGUGGAACAACGGCUAAUCAGCAAGAGGCAGCCCAUGCUCUCCAUUAGUAUAAAUAGAAGGUUUCAAGUCAUUGUAAGGGUUAGAUUUUCGAUACUCAAGCUCUAGAAUAGCAUCAUUUGCUCUUAUUUCUUGUAUUAAAGCAUAGUUUCCGACUUACUGAUCGGGAAAUCUUUUGUAAUCAGAUUGGUUAAUUAAUACAAGUGGGUUUUCGAGUUCUAGUUAAUUCAGAUUUUAUAUUUUCUCACACACUUUGAUUCUAGGCCAUUCCUGAUAUAUCCAAAGUUCGUGUUGGGCUUUCGGAUCUACGGGACUU